UUUAAAGUAUGCCGUGUGUUUGUCGUUCCCAACAACGCGUUCUUUACGAUAUUCGAACUGGCUUCACUUAAUGACCUCCGUUUGCGUGUGGAAAUUUAAAAGUAAUUUUUGACAGUUCUAAUAUUUGGCGGAAAUAAAAAAUUGAUCGUUGACAGUUAAGUGGAUUUUGAAGUGCAGUGCUGUGUUUAUAUUGUUUUUUAAUUGCUGCAUCAAAUUGAUUUUAUUCGUGUUGUGUGAUCUGAGAAAAUAUAUUUGAUAUUAAUAUAUUUUAAGUGAUAGAGCUGAUGAAAUGAUCAUAGUUGGACUUCAAGAAAUGUAAAAAUGAACAAUGCAGCGGCUGUGGAAUGAGUGUUCGUAAAGUGUUUCAAUCUAGUGUUGUGCUGAGUUUAGUGUAGUGUAGUGAUGUGCUCCUGAGGCCGGGCCAUGAAUAGGCCUUGGGUAAGGCCCAAACCAACGUGGGCCUGGCUCACGGUCCUCACGGCGCUGGGUCUUACCACGGCAUAUACCGACACUGAGGAGUUCCUGAGUGAUUUGGAUAAGCCAGUGCCAACAUCAGACGUACAAGGUGUCCUGGGGAAGAAGGCUUCGUUACCCUGUGACAUACAACCUCUGCACUCAGACGACGCUGUUGUCAUGGUGCUGUGGUUCAAGGAAUCGGAUGGCGAACCUUUAUACAGUUACGAUAUUCGCGGGCGAGCUUACAACCAACCUAAGCUGUGGUCUUCUCCGCUGGUGUUCGGAAACAGAGCGUACUUCCGGGGCGGCGCCACUCCAGCGGUUCUCAUGAUCGACAACGUGAUGGCAGCUGACGCCGGAGUCUACAGAUGCAGGGUUGACUUCAAGAACUCGCCAACCAGAAAUCUCAAAGUUAAUUUCACUGUUAUUAUACCUCCAAGUCGUCCAACGAUAUAUGACGCUAAAAGAAGAGACAGAACGAAACUAGUAGAGCCUUAUAACGAAGGUGCUAAUGUUCUACUCAUCUGUGAAGUCGACGGAGGCAGACCACGGCCCCGGGUAACGUGGUACCUGGAGAACGUCGUGAUCGACGACUCGUUCGAGCAGCGUCCAGAUGGUAUCACCGUCAACACGCUCACCUUCCCCAACGUGGGCCGGCAGCAUCUCAACGCGAGGCUGGUCUGCCAGGCCUCCAACACUAACCUGGCUCCGCCGGAGACCAAAGUUCUUAUUCUCGAUAUUAAUUUGAAGCCAAUAACGGUGAACAUACUUACAAAGGAGCGACAGGUCUCAGCAGAUAAGAGAUACGAGGUGGAAUGUAAGACGAGCGGCUCGCGGCCUGAAGCGGCCGUGUCCUGGUGGAAGAACAAUAGACAACUCAAGCGGAUGGCAAAAAACUUCUCGGAGAACAACGAGACGCUGAGUGUUUUAAGUUUGGUGCCCAGCGUCGAGGAUGACGGAAAGUACUUAACGUGUCGCGCUGAGAACAAACACAUUCCCGACUCCAGCAUAGAGGACAAGUGGCGACUGAAUGUGCAUUAUGUUCCUAUUGUGGACCUCCGAAUGGGAUCAAACCUGAACCCGGACGAGAUCAAAGAAGGAGACGACGUGUACUUCGAGUGUACUGUGAAGGCGAAUCCGAAAACACAUCGCUUGGUCUGGUUUCACGGUAACAAUGAAAUCUACCACAACGAGGCGGCUGGAGUGAUCCUCAGCGCACAGAGUCUGGUGCUGCAGAGCGUCACGCGAGCGGCUGCCGGAGACUAUACUUGUAUGGCAGCCAAUAGCGAGGGCAAAGGAACCAGUAACCCGGUGUCACUGUUGAUUCGAUAUGCGCCCGUGUGUGCGGAAAGACGGGACAAUGAGUUAUUCGGCGCCCUCAAACACGAGACAGUACUGCUGCACUGCUCAGUCGAUGCCAACCCCGCACUGGUCUCCUUCCACUGGACCUUCAACAACUCCGGCGAGCAGAUAGAGAUCCCUCCCAGAUUGUACAACAACCAUGGGCAUACCUCGACUUUGAACUACACGCCCACAACGGACAUGGAGUACGGUACCCUCUCUUGCUUCGGUGAGAACAGUGUUGGCCAGCAGAAGGUUCCCUGUUUGUUUCAACUCGUUGCUGCUGGUCGGCCUUUCCAACUUCAGAACUGUUCCGUUGCGAACCAGAGUGUGGACUCCCUGAACGUGGAAUGUGUGGAGAACUUCGAUGGUGGUCUUCCACAGACCUUCCUCAUGGAACUCUUGGAAAUACCAUCGCUAACGGUACGGUACAACGUGUCUACAAACCGCACUCCUCCAUACUUCGAGGUGCGUGGUCUUCCGCCAGGUGUCAGCUACAGAAUAGACCUGUACGCCGUGAACGCCAAGGGAAGAAGUGAUGUCUCCACCAUAGAACAUGUCACCUUCAGAGGACAGGCUAAGUUUACUGGAGAGAGCAAUUCGCUGGGCGUGUCUCCAGUGCUGGCGUCGAUUGCAGCCAUGUCUGCACUGCUAGCGACGGCGGUGUGCGGAGUGCUAGCGGUUUUGUAUCGGCGACACACUAACCGACAUCGGCAACUACCCGCCAAACACGCACCACUCAGCGAGGCAGUGUAUACAGAACGUACGGCGCGUUGCCCGACCCCGGUGAAGAGCGAAGUUCGCUCCAGCGUGGGGAGUGGUGGAGGAAGUGGCGGAGGAGGCGGAGCUGGAGGUGCCCUGCUGCGGGACGCAGAUGGGGCUGACGACGCCGAUCCUGACAUCAUACCCAAUUUGUACGAGCGGCGGCCUGUUUCGAACGGUUACAUGAGCCUGCAGCGGCCUGUCUCCAACAACAAGCUCAAACCGGAUGACACCGGUUCUGAACCCGAUGGCGGCUACUACGCUGACUUCCGUAAGAAGGACUUCAAGAUGCCACUGACGAGCUCGUACCACAGCCUCGGACGCGCUAACAAAGGCGUCACCGCGAGUAGUCCGAGCUCCGGCGUGACGUCAUCACUCACGGCGCAUCGACUGCGGCCGGAAGUGGUCACCACGUCACACAGAGUCCAGGAAAGCUGUAUAUAAAUGUGUUCAUAGCAUUGUUGUGAUAAUAUUUAUUUUAAAUUAAGUAAAUAAGGGCCAUUUUCGUGUAUCUCGUUAUAGUUUUAAAUUCUAUAUUUUCAAAUUAACCGUUAUUGGCUGUUUAUCUGUUGGCAAUAAAAUUAAUUGCGUAUAAAUUAUUGUUGCUUUUAAGCAUUUUGCAUAAGUUCGCGUGAGUUUGACUCGCGAAAGGGUUCCGUACCAAAUAUAAACGAUUAUUUUUAUAUUACUUAAUAAGAAAAUUUAUAACAACGUUUCUGAUUGAUCCUAUUAUUAAAGAUUAUCUUAAUCUAUAAAGGAAAACUAAUAUAAGAACUGUUUUCUUUCGAGAUUUCUGUAUUUAUAGUCUAAGAGCUAAUAGUUAAUUUCUGAUUAUGCGUCUCUAAAAAGGCUCAAACCGUAACGUUUGUAAAAUACUCUGUUAAAUUAUUUAUACUAAUUUUGUUAGUUCUAGUAAAUUAAUUUAGUAAUUAGUAUUUAAUUCUCGUAAAUGUAAAGACUUAAUAAAUAAUGUAAUCUGUAAAUAUUUAAUUUAACAAUGUAUUCGCCUUUUGAUAUGUAUGUGAAAGUUAGCAUCAAAUUUAUAAUUUUGACACAAAACAGAGUCACAGAACGUGACGCCACAUCUCUUGUGAAAUAUUACGGCCACUCGGAAGACAUUACGGGACGAAAUGCAAUUUUCUAUCUACACAGCGUCGCUCUUUUCACGUACAUACUUCUCAAAUUGUAUCUCUUUGUAUAUUAACUAAAUUGAUAUGGACGACUUCGUACAGUUGCAGUUAUUUAUUUUUCGUGAUUUUAUUUGAGACUGCAAAAUAAAUAUUUUUUAUUUAUGUACGAGCAAUUUGCGAAAUAUGCGCAAAGGGGACGGAUACCCUUUCAUACAUUAUUAGGCCUAGAGGUAAAAGGUUGAAAUUAGAGUCGCUUAAUAGCUCAUAAAUUGACAAAGCAUCACUGAAAAUUUGAAGAAUUUUGGCAAUCUAAAAGCAGAGUUGUACGACGUUUUGUAUAUAUGAUAUUUUGCAAUAUAUGGGUAACAACCUAUACUAAACAGCUGAUUUUUGAAAUGCGAUUGUUAUUUUGUUGUAUGAUAGCAAGGGUCGUACAAGUUACGCAAUAACAGAAGUCCGUAGAAAGAAAGCAGUGGUCGAGGGAAAUAUCAAUAAAACAACGGGAAACACUCAAAUGACAAACCGCGUAGAUACAAACGAUACCAGUGGUUUAAUUCUCUUUGGCGAUUUCUAUAGCUGUCACUGUCAGCACAGAUUAAAAAUACAGAACGGGAUUCAGAAUCGACUUUUUCUUCGAUCGAGAAGUUGAUAUUAAGUUUUCUUAAACUAAAGACAUUAAUAUUAUGCUAAUUAUAAAGUAUGUAUAUAGGUACUUUUAUUUAAUCAAUCAUCUGGUGCAAGUGGUUUUGGGUUCAAUUGCUUAAACUCAUUCACAUUAAUCGAUAAUAGUAGUUAAUAUCCCAUUUUUCGUGAAUAUUAAGAUAACGAAAACUUAAUUUUGAGAUUUCUCGUGUUCUAGAUCGUGAAUUAGACUAAUUUUCUAUACUUUGAAAUACUAAAAUAUGACAGAUUUUUUAAAUCUCAACUUAUUACAUUUUGACCCAGAUAUCCCCGUCUCCUUUACAACUUUUAUUAUUCAAAUUCAAAUAUUUUUAUUCAAAAUAGGAUAUAAAAUCACUAAUUGAAAGUCAAAAACUACCACCAAUUCAAUAAGAAUGCCUCAGACCUGAAAAGAACGGGCGCUUUUUUUCCGUUCCUUUUCUAUACAUUUUGUAGAUUAUCUGCCAAUUCGUUUAUUACAUUAGGUAUUACGCUACUUAGCAUUCACGUAAGCAUCUCAGUAUAGAUGUUUUUGUCUUUGGAAUGUAAAAUCUCUUGGAGUUUUUUUUUUUUAAUUCCCAUAAAUUUUUUUUGCUCUUUGAAACUCUAUUAUAAACUAUGGUACAUUAACUUCUCUUAGAAUUAAAUAUUUGACCUUGUCAUAAUUAUCAUACAUUAAUAAUAUUGCAAUGCUUAAACAACAUAACAUUAUUUUUAUCAUGUUUUAUCAUUUUAUUAAAAAUGUAUAUUUUUUAUUGUUUUUUUUUUAUAUUUGAUUAAUUUGUUAUUUUCUGCCAUAGUUGACACUAUAGUAUCAUUACUCCUAUAUAUUGUUUCAGAUUUUAUAAUCUGUGAGAGUUUUGUAUAUAAUAUGUUCUGAUAGGGUGAACAAAAUAGUAGAUAACAUGUAGAUAACACGGAAUAAAAUGAGAAACUUGAAAUUUAUACUUUUUAGGUUUUUAAUGUAAAAUUUUUCACAAUUUCAAUAAUUAAUAUCGUAAUAAAAAUGCUAAAUUUGGUAUAGCUAGCAAAAAAUACUUGAAUUAAUUUAUUUGCACAAAUAAAAUUUUGUUUUCAAUUUUUUUUGUGUAUUAAUCCUAGAAGUCUCACUUUAAAACAAAAAACAUAACAAAAUGUUUUUAAUUAAUUAAUUUAUUUAUUAUAAUUUCAAUUUUACACUAACAUUACAGGGAACAGAAAUAGAACCGGAUACGCUAGUGUAGUAGUCCAAAAAAUAAUUAUUUAUAAUAUGCCAAAUUGAUAGGUACAAUUUAAAAGCUUAGUCAUAAUAUAGAUUAUAGGUACUAGUCAAAAAUAAUUAUAAAUAGAUAUAUGAGUCACACAAUGUUAAAUGUCAGAACUAGUUGAAAUAAAAUCGAAAGAACAAACUAAAUUGUAAAAUUAAUAAACAGAUCGACAAAUCUUACAAAUUAGGUUGGCUCUAACAUUGUUUUAGCUGAGAAAUUAUUUCUUCAGACUUAAACAAAAGCUUAAAGGUGCUUAGAGUACUAACAAUGUAGUUUUAUUCUUCGGCUCCUCGACCUAUUUACUUAAAAUCAACAAAAUGUUUUUCUCUGUAUAAUUAUGUUUUCUCCGCGUGGCUUAUCAUAAAUUGAACCAAUUUAAUGGCACUUCAGACUGAAUACGUUUUGGCAGGAAUGUUAUCUAAUUUACGUUGAAUGUAUUGUAACUUACAACAUAUAUUUAACUUAUCUACGUUUCCUUUGGGUAGAGAACACUGACAAAUAAAAUUGCGAAACCAUUAUAAAAUUAAUGUAGUAGUUUUCGGCAAUAUUUAUAGCACCCGUAUUUAGCGGGAUUUUUUUUUUCAAAUUUAAUUAAACUUUGUGAUUAAUGUUCCCAUUUAAGAAGUUCAAUUUUACGUCAACGAUCGUCGAGUAAAUAUAGCUACGCACUCUGAAGCAGAGUAAUGACGAAAUUAUCCAAGUAAAAUUGUAAUUAUCAAUAUAA